GACAUCUGCCCAACGACACAAACAGUGAUAACCCGAUCUCGAAACGACAGCAAAAGUCAUAACCUUUCAGCAUCUCAUCAAGCAUCUUUACCUGCUUCAAGACUCGGGCCGCGAUGAAGAGCUUUCUCCUCGGCCUGGCCGGCAAGCCAUCACCGGAACCAGAGCCUGCCCGAACAGCGCAAGCUCCCGCUCUCAAAAGUGGGACUGACCUGGCCGAUUCGAUCACCGAAGGCAUCAAAAAGCUUUCCACAUCAGACCGGCAAAAUGAUUCUCCAAACGAGCCGGCAGCUAGCAAUAGCCAAGAUGAAGCCGCAAAAACAAGGACGGCCUCACCAGACGACCGGGAGGAUUGGAGCUCGGGUGACGAGACGGUCGUCGAGCAGACAGUUGCACAUCCCAAGCAGGACAUGAUUGACCACAUCAUGAAGAGCUUGUGUACUUCCCUCGACACCAAAAUCACUGAGUUGACUCAGUUCGCCAGUCUCGCCAAAACUGAGAAGGCAUUCAGUGUCACCGACUUGCCAGCAGCUCCCAAGAAGGGAAAGACACCUACGGCGGACAAGCCUCGAGAGCAGCAGGAAGGCAAAGAGACUCUGAAGGAGGAAAAGAAGAGCACCGAGGAGGAGGAAGUACCCAAGCCUAUGAAGCUCUCUGACCUGUCUAAAUCGAAGAAGCCAACCUCAACGUCUGCAGCUCCUCCUCCACCUCCUGCCCCAGCCCCCGGUGCUGAGCCUGAACAAGACUUUGCCUCGCUCAUGCUAACUGCCAAAUCUCAACCCUCUGCGGCCUCACCUAGUUUCCCGGCCACCUCUUUUGGCGCAUUGCAGUUGGCGAGCAUGCCGUUUAUGGCCUCGGUCAUGACAAAUUUCCCUCAAAUCGAACCUUCAUCUACUCAGCGGCCUUCCCAAAGCUUUUCUCGUUCCAUCAGACCGACGCAAACGCCAGCACCAUAUAUCGCACCCGCCCCAAGCUUGCCUCUAUCUCCGGCCCCUUCGCCGCCAGCAGGGGAUCACCCAUCACCACCAUCCUCUGCAAAAAGGAAUGCCAAGCGAUCAUUGGAUGACGAGCUGCAAGGGCCAACAGCAGCUGAUUUGCAGCCUCACUUUGGCCAUGAAGAGGUCUAUUCACGCAGAAUUUCGGGUAUUUCGGCUCCUUUUGGGUUUGGCCGUCCCAGUCCGAGAGCGCCCACUGUAUCCUCACAGAUGCCACAGUCGCGACAACUUCAUACGGCUCCGCAACCUCGCGCACCCAACUUCCCACCAGGGCCGCCUGCUGCGUCUAGAUCGAUCCCGAGUGUCGACUCUUUCUUUAACGCCCCUCAACUUCCGAGAGAUUCGUUUAUUCCAGAGCAAGAAUUAUCUCCCAAAACGGUAGGUGAUGUUGCUACGCAUGCUACUGCAAGGCGGCAUCUCAGUGAAGCCGAGGUGGAGCCACCCGAAGACCACGACGGGAGACGCAAAAAGGCACGGCGAGCCACGUCUGAUAGCCCCGCCGGGCUGAUGAGAAGCGGAAACAAGUUUGCCUGUCCCUACUUCAAGCGGAACCCUCGCAAAUAUCAGAAAUGGACGUCUUGCCCGGGCCCGGGAUGGGAGGAAGUUCAUCGAGUCAAGACUCAUCUUUACAGACGACACAGGCUCCCAAUCCAGUGUCCUCGUUGUUGGGACACCUUUGAGGAAGAUACUAUUCUUCAAAACCAUCUCCAACAGGACCCGCCGUGCACCAUGCAGCAAAACAGGAUUCCACACGAAGGCUUCACCAAGGAUCAGGAAAAGAAAUUACGAAGCCGCAAAAAGGCCCAGCCAAACAUGACGGAUGAAGAUAAAUGGGUUGAGAUCUACAUGAUCCUGUUUCCAGACGAUGAUCCGGACUCUGUCCCCACACCAUGUCUGUGA